ACUGAGAGAGGUCGUGUGAGGUCGUGGUGUAUUGUGCAGUGGUCGUGGAGGUCGUAGGAUGUAAGGUCGUUUAUGUAUCAAGCUUAAAAUGUGGAGGUUCUUAGGUUGAAGUGUCAUCGGUGUUCAAUUGAUGUUCUAAGCAUAAAAAGACGUUGAUGUAAGUUUGAAGUCGUGGAUGUUUUAAGCGUCAAGAGUCGUGAGUGUUGUGAGCUUCAGUAACAUCGCUGCCAUGUUGCUGAGGGCUAACACAGCGUCCAGAGUGUGUUGCGUCAUUAUGUUCGUCCUGUUGAUGCUCCUCUGUUUGGAUGGCGUGGCCGCGAAUGGAACAGAGACAUGCGAGACAAACUUGGACUGCUGCCGCCACCUGCCCGGGUCUGCCGAGUUCAAGAAGUGCUGUAGUGAAGGUUGCUGCCCGGACUGUGACGCGGUGACCUACGUGGCGGCCAUGAAGUCCUACGCCAUGAUGGAGGGCUGCGAGGCGUCCUAUGAAUGCUGCGUGUACAAGGUUCAGUCCGAUGAGUGGCGGCGCUGCUGCUCCAAACACAUCUGCUGCAUGCUGUGUCACGACGUCUCGAAAGGCUGCUGCUACAGUGGACGCAUGUACAAGUUCGGCAGCGUGGUGGAGGAUCUGACGGUGGUGAACACGAACUUGGUAUGUGGCGCAAGGAUGUCAGCCGAUCCCCCUUACUUCGCGGCCGCCGUGGUGCCCGUCCUCAUCCCUCACCAAUCCACGGGCUUCGAGAAGUGCGGAGACCAGGAGAAGACUUACUGCGUGGAGGAGCGCGGGGUGAUCCACGUGAACGGCUCGGAGUGGUUCAGGGACACGUGCCGGCUGUGUCGCUGCGAGGAGGGGCUGGUCACCUGCCACCCCGUCAAGCCUCCCUGCCCGCCCGCCCCCCACCCGCUGUGUGUGUCCGUCCCGAGUGACGACCCCGAGGACUGCUGCAACGCCUGGGACUGCUCGAGGCUGGAGACCAUGUGUCACGACGCCUACGGACAGGUGCGGGAGGAGGGCGAGCAGUGGAGUGGGCGCAACGACCCCUGCCUGCUGUAUAUGUGCAAACCCGGCGGCAUGGUGCUGAGCGCGCGCCGGAGCUGCCCGCCGCCCCGCCGCUACGUGCCCCCAGGUUGCGAGGAGAAGAAGCGUCCGGAUGAGUGCUGCUCUGUGCUGUCCUGCCCGGAGUGCACGGGAGAAAACGGUGUAAGCUACUCUGCUGGGGACACUUGGGCAGACCCCGCGGACCCGUGCUACACCAUGCAGUGCCUGGCGGGCGGCGCCGUGAACAGGGUGAGGAAGCAGUGCCCCGUCGCCCGCCGCCCCUCAAAGGACAACUGUGUACUCACCCACCAAGACUGCUGUCCAACCUGGGUCUGCGGAGGGUGUGUUGACAGGUACGGGAAGCUACACGCACUGGGCUCGACGUGGACUGACCCUGGCAACCCCUGCAUCACCUACCAGUGCAGCGACAGGGGUACGCGGUUGGUCCAGAAGGAUGACUGUAAGCCCCUCGGCCUAAAACCUGAACACAAUUGCCAGAGGAUAAAAAAGGACUGCUGUUACGUGUGGAACUGCGUAGGAGACAAAACUCACUGCGUGGAUGACCAGGGGGUGGAGCGGAGGGUCGGGGAGGAGUGGUACAACCCUGACAAUCUGUGUAUCCAGUGUCGCUGCACGGAGGACCUGACCAUCGUGAAGGCCAUCAGGGACUGUGCUCGGCCGGUGCCCAAACCCAGCCCGGACUGCAUCAUGGAGGUGACGUCUUGCUGUCCCUUCUGGAGCUGCCCGUGUGUGGACGCAUUAGGGGUGGAGCGAGCAGUGGGGGACGUGUGGAAGCACCCAACCAACGAAUGUGUCUCGCUGGAGUGCACGAGGGACGGAGUGCGACAAACACCAGUGGCUUGCCCGCAGAUGUCUCUUCGCCCGAACCCCCGCUGCGUGAUGCAUUUCGACGGCUGCUGCCCGGCCUGGAACUGCCCGGCAGCGUGUCCAGACCCGUUCAGCUUCAACCGAAACUGCUUCCAGUACUUCGACCAGUGUUACUCAGACCACAACUGCCGCGCGGGGGAGAGGUGUUGCCUGGUGGCCGGCUGUGGCAGGGAGUGCAUGGCGUCCAAGGUUGGCCAGUGUCCGGUCAUCAGGUUCAUCGUGGCCCCGCAGUGUGACUAUGAGGACAAAAUCGACGCCUGCCAGACGGACCAGCAGUGCCCGGGGACCCAAAAGUGCUGCUUCGUGGUCUGCAACAAACAGUGUGUGGACCCAAUCUAGAACAGAGAAGUGAGCCACGCAGUCAUGCACUUGUCGACGGCUGAUGUGGACGUUCAAUAUUUUUUUACUUCUCUGUUCAUGAAUAAAACAUUGAAAUAGA